AUGAUUCCAUUACAUAAGAAGAAAAUACCUCACUGUAUACUCCACCAAAUCGGCCUUAUAACUAACCUGAUAAUAAUUCCAGCAUUGGAAUUCCCUCCUUGUGUUUGCCAAGAGCCUAGUAUGAUGCAAAUCCCGAUUUGGACAAGCGUUGUGUCGAUUUUUCUUCUCCUAAACACGGCAAAAUCUCAAGAAGAACUAUUUAGGGAUGUGUUGGUUGAGUUUAUGUCGAAACUUUCUAACAACAGUGGUUUCCCUGAUCCCAAUAUGGGCUGGACUUCGAGCUCUCUUCCCUGCAAGGAUAAGUGGAGAGGAAUCACUUGUGACCAGAAGAAGGUAAAGUAUAUCGUCCUUGAUGGCUUCAGCUUCUCAGGAUUUUUGGAUGCACGCGUUCUUUGUAAUAUGCAAUCUUUGGCUGAAUCCCUACAGACCCUUAGUCUUAAGGAUAACGGCAUUCAUGGUGAAAACUUGGAAGAAAUUGAAAACUGCAGCCAACUAACUCAGUUGCUUAUCGGGGGGAACAACUUCUUGGGUAGUCUCCCGACCUCGAUUUCCCAGUUAAAGAAUCUCAAAAGCCUUGAUAUAUCUCGGAACAAAUUCUCCGGCCCUUUGCCUGAUCUGCCCGAGAUAUCUGAUUUGGAAGUGUUUCAGGCUCAAAAUAAUCAAUUUAUCGGUGCAAUACCGAAUUUUGAUUAUUCAGAAUUGUCCCUGUUUAAUGUCUCAAACAAUAAUUUCAGUGGAGAAAUUCCUGAUAGAGGGAUUCAUUUUGACAUUAAUAGCUACCUCAAUAAUCCUCAAUUAUGCGGAGCCCCCCUCUCUAACAAAUGUUGGUCACCAUUAGCCUCACAGUCGGAACCCUCAGCACCACCAGACAAACCAAAAGAUGGCAAUUCAAACGAUCAGAUUCUGAUGUAUUCAGGCUAUAUUCUGAUAGGGUUAGCUGUACUUUUCCUCAUCCUCCUCUGGCUAUACAAAAGAGGCAAGAGAAAUGAUGAGAAACUCGAGGCCGACAACAGGGUAGCCGCAGUUGAUGAUAGCAUGAUCAAGCCUAGUUUCUCGACUGUGGAGUUGAAGGCCGGAGGGAUAAGUAAAACAGGAAUCUCAACUAUUUCAGCUGAUCAAUCCAUGGUUUCUUCAUCACUUAUCGUUCUUACAAGUCCGGAGGUGAAUGGACUGAGAUUCGAGGAUUUGCUCAAGGCGCCGGCAGAGUUGCUUGGGAGAGGAAAUCACGGUAGUGUGUACAAAGUGAGUUGUGAAGCUCAAGGGACUACUCUUGCUGUGAAAAGGAUUAAAGACUGGACAAUAUCGAGCCAUGAUUUUAAGCAGAGAAUGAGAAGACUCGACCAAGUGAAGCAUCCUAAUGUAUUGCCUGCUGUUGCCUUCUACAGUUCAAGACAGGAAAAGCUUCUGGUCUAUGAAUAUCAACCAAAUGGGAGUCUUUUUAGGCUAAUCCAUGGAAACCAGACUGACCAGGCAUUUGAUUGGGAAAGCCGAAUAUUUGUUGCAUCCACCAUAGCCGAUUCCUUAGUAUUCAUGCACGAUAAACUACACUACGAUGGAAUAGCCCACGGGAACCUGAAAUCCUCAAAUAUUUUGCUCAAUACGAACAUGGAUCCAUUGAUAAGUGAAUACGGUCUAAUGGUAGUCGACAAUCAAGACCGGUCCAUUAUUUCAAGUGUCAAUAGUUUCCAGGCAUCCAAAGAAAAUUUCAAAGAAGAUGUUUAUGCAUUUGGGGUGAUCCUUCUCGAAAUGCUUACUGGAAAAAUGCCCCUGAACAAUGGAUUAGACCUGGCUAGUUGGGUUCUGGCUGUGGUUUGUGAAGAAUGGACUGUUGAAGUGUUCGAUAGAAAUUUGAUAGGCCAAGGGGCUAGUGAGGAGAGGAUG